GGGGCGGGCCCAGGUAGCAGGUUCGGCUGCGCCGGGGCCGCGCGUCGGAGGUAAAUAUUAAGGCGGUGGGUGUGGGGCGCCGGGGCCGAACCGGGACGCGGGCUAGCAGAGCUGGGGAAGGGGCGACGCCCCGCCGCCCGAGUUUCCCCCUUUCCAGGGUGAGGAUGGUUUUGUACAACAACCUGGAGUUCAUUAGUUGAAAGGUGCGCUCUGUCGAGACAAGGCAUUUUGCUUUGCUGUCUUGUUACAGCAUGGACACCAAAUUGCUAAAAACGUGCUUUGGGACUGCCAGUGAAUUUAUCUUUUGUGGUUUUCCUACAAACUUAGUAGUUCCCUUUUUUUUGAGUUAAUAUUUCGGAGUUAAUGUCACCAUGAGUUCAGGCUUAUGGAGCCAAGAAAAAGUUACUUCACCCUACUGGGAAGAGCGGAUUUUUUAUUUGCUUCUUCAAGAAUGCAGUGUUACAGACAAACAAACGCAAAAGCUCCUUAAAGUACCAAAGGGGAGUAUAGGACAGUAUAUCCAAGAUCGUUCUGUGGGGCACUCGAGGAUUCCGUCUGCAAAAGGCAAGAAAAAUCAGAUUGGAUUAAAAAUCCUAGAGCAACCACACGCAGUUCUCUUUGUUGAUGAAAAGGAUGUUGUAGAAAUAAAUGAAAAAUUCACAGAGUUGCUUUUGGCAAUUACCAAUUGUGAAGAGAGGUUCAGCCUGUUUAAAAACAGAAACAGACUGAGUAAAGGCCUCCAGAUAGAUGUGGGCUGCCCUGUGAAAGUACAGCUGAGAUCCGGGGAAGAAAAAUUUCCUGGAGUUGUGCGCUUCAGAGGACCCUUAUUAGCAGAGAGGACAGUAUCGGGAAUAUUCUUUGGAGUAGAACUACUGGAAGAAGGCCGUGGCCAAGGUUUUACUGACGGGAUAUAUCAAGGAAAACAGCUUUUCCAGUGUGAUGAAGACUGUGGAGUGUUUGUUGCGUUGGACAAGCUAGAAAUCCUGGAAGAUGAUGACAAUGGAUUGGAAAGUGAUUAUGCAGGUCCAGGGGACACCGUGCAGAUGGAACUUCCGCCCCUGGAGAUAAACUCCAGAGUUUCUUUGAAGCUCGGAGAAACCACAGAGUCCGGCACAGUUAUAUUCUGCGACGUCUUGCCUGGGAAAGAAAGCUUAGGAUAUUUUGUCGGUGUGGACAUGGAUAAUCCUAUUGGCAACUGGGAUGGAAGAUUUGAUGGGGUGCAACUUUGUAGUUUUGCAAGUGUUGAAAGUACAAUUCUCUUGCAUAUCAAUGAUAUCAUCCCAGGUAUGUUUUCUUUCGUGACACAGGAAAGGAGGCCUCCCAAACUUGCCUUUAUGUCAAGAGGUGUUGCGGACAAAGGUUCAUCCAGUCAUAAUAAACCAAAGGCUACAGGACCUACCUCAGACCCUGGAAAUAGAAACAGAUCUGAAUUAUUUUAUACCUUAAAUGGAUCUUCUGUUGACUCACAACCACAAUCCAAAUCAAAAAACACAUGGUACAUUGAUGAAGUUGCUGAAGACCCCGCAAAGUCGCUUACAGAGAUAUCUCCAGACUUUGGACAUGCUUCACCACCACUGCAACCUCCUUCCAUGAACUCAUUAUCUACCGAGAACAGAUUUCACUCUUUACCAUUCAGUCUGACCAAGAUGCCCAAUGCCAAUGGAAGCAUUGGCCACAGCCCGCUUUCUCUGUCAGUUCAGUCCGUAAUGGGAGAGCUAAACAAUGCCCCUGUCCAGGAGAGUCCACCCUUGGCCAUGGCUUCUGGGAACUCCCAUGGUCUGGAAGUGGGCUCACUGGCUGAAGUUAAAGAGAAUCCUCCUUUCUAUGGGGUAAUUCGUUGGAUCGGUCAGCCGCCAGGACUCAACGAAGUGCUAGCUGGACUGGAACUGGAAGAUGAAUGUGCGGGCUGUACAGACGGAACCUUUCGGGGCACACGGUACUUCACUUGUGCCCUGAAGAAGGCGCUGUUUGUUAAGCUGAAGAGCUGCAGGCCCGACUCGAGAUUUGCAUCCCUGCAGCCAGUUUCCAAUCAGAUCGAACGCUGUAACUCGCUGGCAUUCGGAGGCUACUUGAGUGAAGUAGUGGAAGAAAAUACCCCACCCAAAAUGGAAAAAGAAGGUUUAGAGAUAAUGAUUGGAAAGAAGAAGGGUAUCCAGGGUCAUUACAAUUCUUGUUACUUAGACUCAACCUUAUUCUGCUUGUUUGCUUUUAGUUCUGUCCUGGACACUGUGCUACUUAGACCUAAAGAAAAGAAUGAUGUAGAAUAUUAUAGUGAAACGCAAGAGCUACUGAGGACGGAAAUCGUGAAUCCUCUGAGAAUAUAUGGAUAUGUGUGUGCAACAAAGAUUAUGAAACUGAGGAAAAUACUUGAAAAAGUUGAGGCUGCAUCAGGAUUUACCUCGGAAGAAAAAGAUCCUGAAGAGUUCUUGAAUAUCCUGUUUCAUCAUAUUUUAAGGGUAGAACCAUUGUUAAAAAUAAGAUCAGCAGGUCAAAAAGUGCAAGAUUGUUACUUCUAUCAAAUUUUCAUGGAAAAAAAUGAGAAAGUUGGAGUGCCUACAAUUCAGCAAUUGUUAGAAUGGUCUUUUAUCAACAGUAACCUGAAGUUUGCAGAGGCACCAUCAUGUCUCAUUAUUCAGAUGCCUCGAUUUGGAAAAGACUUUAAACUGUUUAAAAAAAUUUUUCCUUCCCUGGAAUUAAAUAUAACUGAUUUACUUGAAGACACCCCCAGGCAGUGCCGGAUCUGCGGGGGGCUCGCCAUGUACGAGUGUAGAGAGUGUUAUGAUGAUCCCGACAUCUCAGCCGGAAACAUCAAGCAGUUUUGUAAAACCUGCAACACCCAAGUCCACCUUCAUCCCAAGAGACUGAACCAUAAAUACAACCCAGUGUCACUUCCCAAAGAUUUACCCGACUGGGACUGGAGGCACGGCUGCAUCCCCUGCCAGAAGAUGGAACUGUUUGCUGUUCUCUGCAUAGAAACAAGCCACUAUGUUGCUUUUGUGAAGUACGGGAAGGACGACUCUGCCUGGCUCUUCUUUGACAGCAUGGCCGAUCGAGAUGGUGGUCAGAAUGGCUUCAACAUUCCUCAGGUUACCCCAUGCCCGGAAGUAGGAGAGUACUUGAAAAUGUCUCCGGAAGACCUACACUCCUUGGACUCCAGAAGAAUCCAAGGCUGUGCGCGAAGACUUCUCUGUGAUGCGUACAUGUGCAUGUACCAGAGUCCAACAAUGAGUCUGUACAAAUAAGUGGGGUCAUCUGGGCAGGGGCGGAAACUGAAUGCGAGGCUUUAGUGUUGCAUUUUACCUGAGCUGGCAGUCUUGUUCAGCAUCCAUUGCCGGCAAUGGAUGCCUUUGUGGUGAUGAUCCUUCAGAAAAGGAUUCCCGUGUUUAAAAAACAAAUUGCUUUUGUGUUACUGAAGUAUUUAAUAAGAAGCCUUUUGCACUCUAGAAAGUAUGUUUGUGUUGGUUUUUUAAGAAGUCUAAAUGAAGUUAUUAAUCCCUGAAGCUUUAAGUUAAGUGCAUUGAUCAUAUGAUAUUUUUGGAAGCAUAAAAUUUUAAUUGUGACAGUUUAAAACCUCUUUUAGUCCAUUGAGAAUGUAAAUAAAUGUGUCUUCUUUAUGGACCAAGGAUAUGAAAUCAUUUUUCCUUUUAGCUAACGGUUGCCUUGAGGAAGAAAUAUUUUGGUUUUAUUAAGUGUCUGCUUUCAAUCCAGUUAUUAAAAUCGUACUGAGUUUGAUUUGUUAAUUCUUUCCUGUAUACUGCUGGUUUCUGCAUGUCAGCAAUCUGCCAAGUUUCUGUGUUUCUGCAGUAGUGGUCAGAAAAAUACUUAAAUUCCAUUCAUGGUGUUGUUUUCUAUUUGUUCUGCUUUUGAGAUAGAUCUAAGUGAUCUUGUCAUAAAACGUCUAUUUUUGAUGUAAUUUUCCUGGGGAUUAGACUGCACAGCAACUGAAGCUCUUCAUUCAUAGUUGUAACUGUCAGCUAAGAGGUUUUGGGGUUCUUUGUUUUUUGGUUUUUUGUUUUGUUUUUUUUGGGGGGGGGUUGUUAAGGAACUCUAUUUUAUGGAACCGGGCACAAUGCAUUUUAUUAAAGGAUUGGGGUGAUAAAUAUAUUUCUACACAAAUAUAUGGUCCAUCAGAAAAUAAAUUUGAAUAUAGACUACUCAUUAAAACCUCCCUGAAGAGA